AUGGCCGUUAUCCACGCAGACCGCUCGCGCCUGAUGGCCGAGGCCGCCGCGGCGGACGCGGCGGCGUGCGGCGCGCCAGACCCGGCGCGGCGGGUGCAUUACGUCGCUGCGCUCAACUCCAACCUGCGGGACGGCAUCUGGAAUUAUUUGAUCACGUGGCUGGUCGUCUUCUGCAGCGUCGCGCGCCCUGAUCAGUUUGCGGCGUACAUGCUGGCGUGCGCGCCCUGGGUGCCGUCGAUGCCGUGCGUGCAGGACGGGCUGAGGGCGCUGGCGGCCGACGGCUGA